AUGGCAGGGUAUCCGACAUUGGCUUUCUCGAUCUGCUGGCUGUUCGUGAUCGGUUUCGUUGGUUCAGUGAGUGGAGCCGGGAAUCCGAGUAUCAUCGUGGUCGGCGCUGGUGCUGCAGGCAUUUCGGCUGCCAGUCGGCUCUACCAGAAUGGAUUCAAAAAUAUUAUCAUUUUGGAGGCAUCGCCACGCCUUGGUGGCCGUAUCCGCACGACACCGUUUGGAAGUGGCAGUGGCAUUGUGGAGCUCGGAGCUCAAUGGUGUCACGGAGAGCAGGGCAACGUAGUCUAUCAAUUGGCAAAGGUCUAUCCGGGUCUCCUGAAGUCCUCCAUUAUAGCCGAUGAGGAUGCCGUGCUGAUCCGCUCGAGUGGGGUACAAGUUCCUGGGGCGGUAGCGGAAAGACUACAAACUAUGGCAGAGGAAAUAAUCGAAUCGGAUGCCCGGGAUACUUUCAGCGGUAGUUUGGGUGAAUUCUUCACCCAACAGUACUGGAAGCGGCUCCAAACGGAUCCAGCUUUUAAAGAUAUUAGUCGCGAGCUUGCGGAACAAUUCCUCGUCUACUAUCAUAACUACGAACGCGGCUAUACUGCGUACGAUUCGUGGUAUGAUGUUGCAGCAGCUGAAUCGGAUAGCUACGUGGAACCGGCAGGAAAUCAGGACAUUGCUUGGAACGGAAAGAGAGGGUUCACCGCCAUUCUGGAUAUCGUGUCGGGGAACUACCCUGGUAACACCAACAAAUCUCUCACUCCAGUUCCGAUCGGAAGUCUGGUUAAAUUCAACAAUUUUGUAUCGAACAUAAAUUGGAUGAGCCCCGAGGGCGACGUUUUUGUAACUACACAAAAUGGCGACCGCUACCAAGCGGACCAUGUCAUAGUGACCGUUUCGCUGGGUGUCCUCAAGGAGAACUACCGCACCAUGUUCACUCCAGCACUCCCAUCAGUCAACCAGAAUGCCAUUACGGGACUUUACUUUGGAACAGUGAACAAAAUUUUCGUUUACUUCGAUGCCCCUAUUCCGGAAGACUUUCCUAACACCGUGCACCUGCUCUGGUAUAAACCGGACCUGCAGGCUCUGCGACUCUCGGAGCAUGCCUGGGCCGAAGCGAUUUCCACCUUUUUCCGUAUUGACAACCAACCGAACGUGCUGAUGGCUUGGAUGAAUGGGGCCGAAGGACGAAAGGCCGAGUAUCUCCGUGAUGCCCCGAUUAAGUCUGGUAUACUGCAUCUUUUGAAAAUUUUUGCCAAAAACAUGCAAUUCGGCAAUGUAUUAUCAAUCUUGAGAUCAAAAUGGUCAUCGGAUCGUCUGUUCCGUGGUUCCUACUCCAGUCGUUCGAUGGCGACCGAAAACCAAGAAACCGGAGCACAAUUCCUCGCCACCCCACUGAAGAAUGCCCUUAGUGAACCUGUUGUUCUGUUUGCCGGAGAAGCUACUAACCGGGUGCACUACUCCACCGUCCACGGGGCCAUUGAUAGUGGGUUCCGUGAAGCUAACCGCUUGAUUCGUCUUUAUAAAUGA